GUUUUCGAAGGAGCGAAAAGAAUUCACUGGAGAAGUUGGUUAUACAAUUGCUUUUUUCCGAUGAUGUCAGUAAGCUCAUAAGGGUUCAUGACUUCGAGUUGCACUGAGCAAAUAUCAAGGUUUCACAAUCGAUAUUAAGAGUGGUAAAUAGAACGGGGCACUAGACCGCGCGCUGCUGUUCGUGUACACAGUCGCAAUCAACCGCUCAUCGGCGCUUCUCCACCUUGCCGUCGUGUUUUCUUCGCCGGUGUGUACCUGCUAUCAUUUGUAGCAAUGUCCGUACCUAAUGAAGAUAGUUCAUCUUCAUCCCAGUCUCAGGUUUGUUGCUUGCAGCUUUCAUCACAGUUAUUUAGUGACCUCUUGGAUUCGAUCAUUGUUGAUGUUGCAUCAGAGUGCCACCGGAUUGCGAGGCUUGGUCUUGACCGGAAUUUGGAAGAAGAGGAAGAAGAGUUGAAGUUGUCAGUACAGGCCAGGAUAAAGGUUGCUGAUUCAAGCAACAGUGGUGAAGCAAAUGGAAAGCACGUAGUUGACAUAUUUGGACAAACACAUCCAACUGUAGCAAACGAUGUAUUUGACUGCAUGAACUGCGGGAGGUCUAUUGCAGCUGGAAGAUUUGCCCCACAUUUGGAGAAAUGCAUGGGAAAGGGUAGAAAGGCUCGUCUUAAAGUAACCAGAAGUAGCACAGCAGCACAGAACCGCUACUCCCGAAACAGCCCUGUUUCUGCGUACUCCCCUUAUUCGAAUUCCACAGCCGCGAACCGGUUAUCAAACGGAUCACCUGGUGGUCCAGGUGACGAAUUCCCAAAUGGCACAUCCGAAGACUCGUGAGAAGUGAAUUGGAUGGAUGCCAUAGACUGCAGUUCACUGUUUAUACUCAACAGGCGGAUCUUCUUUCCUCAACAAGUUGCAGGUGAUUUUUAUGUCCUGCUUUUCGAAUACAAGUGUAAAUGCAAGAGUGAAUUGGACCAACUCCUGAGUUGGAUGUAAGAUGAAUUGCUACCGAUAUAACCCUCUUGUACACCAGUGGGAUGUAAUGCCAUUGUGUAUUUAUCAAUUAACGUAAGUGAGGGGGGUUUUGACAUCAGAUUAAAGUAAGGAAACUAGCUGUAGCAAAAUGAUCAUUUGGAUUGUGUUUGGUUCAGGCGAUCAGAUUCGGGUGACGUGUCAUAUAGUUUGGGUCAAUUUAACUCAGGUCAAACUAGGGUACUCCUUGGUCAAUUUUUUCCUUUUGAAAAAUCCUUCAAAAAUCUACACGAGUCAAUCUUCAUUUUUUGAUUUUCAGGUUUAUUCACUUGGGGGUGAACUUGAGUUAUCGGCUUCAACUUUCAAUAACUAUUUCGGUUGAUUUCAAGCUAGGUUACCCGUAUUGUUGGGAUCCCACAUGUUGCUGAACUCCAUCAUUGAUUUUACAAUGUGUCACUUGUUUUUGUAUAAUGAAUUUAGAUUUGUAUCAGCCCAAACUUAAAUCUGUACUUGCUUGGGUGAAUAUGUUUUUUUUUGGUAUCAGCCCAAACUUAAAUCUGUACUUGUUUUUGUAUAAUGAAUAUGUUAUCACCCGGUUCACCCUUAGGUUAA